AUGUCUCAUAAACGUUUUUUAAUCAAUUCGAUUCAUCAAACAACAUUUCAUAAUCGUAUAACGGAAGAAGAUUGUAUGUGGCGAUUAAGAGAACAAGAAAUUGAGAAAGACAAAGAUAAUUUUUCAGAUAAGAAAAGGACUAAUUAUAUUUCAAAACGUUAUUCAAGAUCAUCACCAAAUAGAGAAAAAUUGAAGAAACAAACAACAUUUGACAAUGAAAAAUCCAUUGAAAAAGUGGAAAUUGAAUUUGGUCCACCGUUACCGCGAGAUAUAAGCAUAAAUCUUGAUAAAUGGGACCAUGAUGGAUUUAAAGAACUUUAUCCACAUGAUUAUGCAAAAAGAAUUCAGCAAAAACGUGAAAGAUCAAACAGUGAAGACAACUCAAAAUCUCGUGAAAAAAAAGAAAAAAAAAAGAAAAAAAAGCGAAAAUAA